CAUCUCUAGGAAGUGUGGUAAAAAGGAAAAGAAAAAAAAGUUAGAACUGUUCCGUGAACAGCAAAGAGCGCAGAUAGUGUGUAGUAGGCAAGGCGACGGAAAAUAUUCACAAGUUUAGCCAGGCAAUAGGCUUGAAAGCGAAUGUUAACCUGCGUGAGUCACUCUGUAACUACAGGUUGUCUCAACUGGACUUGACUGCUGAAGGUGUGCUGCUGACUUUAGGUUGAAGUUUGCGCACCUGAGAAGAUCUCCAGUAGUGUAGUGUAGGUCUACCUGCGGCUCAAGAAUAACACACGCACAAUAAGAUACAGCAUCUACAAGCAGGGAGCACGCAAGAAAAUAUUUAUUCUAACUGGCAAUAUCUGUACGAUGUUUUAGGUUAGUAUAGAGGAGCAUAACUGCACUUUGUCUUUGCCAACUCUUUUCUGGAUAACCCAAAUUAUCAACGACUCGAGUCAGAGGAUUUUUUUUUUCUGUUGGUGCCUUUUUUUACUGCGAGGAUUUAAGAAAAGGGGGGUUUCAGAAAUCAAACCAGUGCACUGAAAUCUUCCUUUUUCCUGGAUCAUGUACCAGGACUACUCCGGGAACUACGACACCUCGUCCCGCGGCAGCAGCACCUCUCCGGCCCAGCCAGAGUCCUUCACAAGCGGCAGCAGCACGAUCGGAAGUCCGAUCUCUACCUCAAGCUACCAGAAGUACAGGGUCGACAUGCCCGGCUCCAACAGUGCCUUCAUCCCCACCAUCAAUGCAAUCACGACCAGCCAAGACCUACAGUGGAUGGUGCAGCCCACCGUCAUCACCUCCAUGUCAAACCCCUACUCCCGUUCCCACCCGUACGGCCAUCACCUGCCCAAUGGGCCGGGGCUGUUGGGGCACAACACGCUGGCUCGGCCCGGGGUCAUCCGCUCCAUCGGGGACGCCAGGGGCAGACGCAAGAGGGAUGAGCAGCUCACCCCGGAGGAAGAGGAGAAAAGAAGGGUGAGGCGUGAGAGGAAUAAGUUAGCCGCCGCCAAAUGCCGCAACCGCAGGCGAGAGCUCACCGAGAUGCUGCAAGGGGAGACUGAAAAACUGGAGGAGGAGAAAGCUGACCUGCAGAAGGAGAUCGAGAGCCUGCAGAAGGAGAAAGACAAGCUGGAGUUCAUGCUGGUUGCCCACAAUCCCGUGUGCAAGCUCCCCAUCGAAGACCGCCACCAGUCAUCAGGGCACCAACAGCAGCACCAGCAGCAGCAGCAGCAACAGCAGUGUGCCCCCCUCCCCCUGACCAUGCGUCCCAACAUGGGCAACCGGGCUCAGAUGAACCACGUGGUCGUGAAGCAAGAGCCGGAGGACGAGGAGUUGGGCAAACCCCAGCGCUCUGUCAUCAAGCCCAUCUGCCUGGGUGGCGGCGUCGUCAGCGGAGGGAUGUACUGCACGGAUGGAGACAGCCUGAACACGCCUGUGGUGGCGGCGUCCACCCCGGCCGCCACGCCCAACGCCCCGAGCCUCAUAUUCACCUACCCGAGCAUGCUGGAGCCAGAGAGCCCGUCGCCCUCCUCUGAGUCCUGCUCCAAGGCCCACCGGCGCAGCAGCAGCAGCGGGGACCAGUCCUCAGACUCCCUCAACUCGCCCACCCUCCUGGCCCUUUGAGCGAGGGCUUCACUCGGCACAGCUGAGAAACAAACACUGUGGCUGACGGCAAGCACGAGGAUCAACUGCGUGUCCCCCCACCCUCCCCACUCCAGUGUCUUUCAAAGACCCAAGAGCACAUUAAAGAGUCCAGACCAAGCUGACCAUGUGAGCCGUUUCCCCCUCUGCAGGGAGACCCACAAGGGCUACGCCGCGUGUUUCUUCUUGUUCUGCUUCAGUGUAAAAAAUUUUUUAUUCGUAAGAGUGUGUGCACCGAUCCUAAAAAGUGUCACCCCUUUGCCAUUUCAACUCCAGAGUGUCAACUUGUUUACCGGGAAGACAGUUAAGAAGUAAAACAUGCCUAAACGUGGCGAAUUGUGAGUUGAUGUGACUAGAGAGCGUGUUCUUAAUAUAUUUUUUUGAAAAUGUUUAAAAAGCCAUGUGGCCGGCACUUGCACUUCGCCAAGACGAAUCAAUAAAUCACUAAGCGAGGUCAGCUUUCUACUGGAAUUCCUGAGGAGAGACGGAGACAACGGGCAAAGACUUCCUCUCGUCUUUUUUUCCACUUAGAUUUUUCGUAACUCGGACCUCGAUUCAGGAAUCGCUACUACGAGUGUGUACACAUUUCUGACGCUAUUUCCAUCUCUUUAAUUGUAUUUAUGGCCUGUGCUGAUUAAAUUUUACAAAGUGUUUUUGUUGAGACAUUGUCCUCUCCUUUAUCUGCCUGUAGAAAAGCAAAAUGGUCGUCCACGUGGUGACCGAAGCACUCCUCAGUGUUGCAAAGGAUACGAGCCAACUUUCAAUCAAUGACUAGUUCCUCAAUACUCUAUACCUUCUAUUUUGCCAUAGUGGCUUGACUUUACAGUAGUAUUGGUGUGCUUUUCCUCAGUGAUUCUGUACCUGAACUUUACAACCUGUUUAUGACAAAGUGUAUGUGAUUUACAUUGAUGUCAGGGAUAUCUCUCAUGUGUAGUAGAACCCCAUCGUGAAGAACGUUGCACAAGCGCAGGCUGUUGUAUGGUCUAGCCAGAGUGUCGCAGAGGCGGUAAUAUAUGUGGAAGGACUUCAUCGCUUCAUUGUGUCACAUCAGGAACGGUCUGUCCUUUUCGCUCAGACCUUUCAAAGAUGACAAAAGUUUGAACAAACCCCUCCUCCGCUCGGAUUGAGACCUUCUUUCUGUGUUUCUCACAUUCUCUAAAUAAAGGUCUUACCUUUUCAACACUGCCUCUCGGGGCAGGUCAGGUUUCAAAAAGCCAAAAAAAGAUUUGUUUGACACAUGUAAUCCUGUAAUUCGUCCGUCUUUGUCUAAAAAGGAGGGAUUUUGCUCAAAUUUGAAAACAGCCACUGUGGUCUAGACUGUCGCCAGCUGCCAAUGAUGUCAACCCUGUUUAUACUGUGUUUGUAAAUCUGUCACUUUUAGUAAAGAAAUGUUUAAAUCCAAGUCAGAUGUGCUGAUUUACGGGUGUAUGAACAUACGCCAACAUCGAGGUACUCUGUUGAAACUUAGCCGUUUUGGCUUUAAACAAGGGCCAGACACAGAUCACUUUUUGACAAUAAUAAGGAAGGGAUGAGAAGACUCUUUUUACAGCUGGCCUGAGAUGAAAGAGGGGACACCUUUAGAAGAUGUAAUAUUUCUGAAGUUCUACGAAGCACUUCUUUUUCAUUAUUUUUACAUGUGUGUAUCUUAAAGGGAUGAGGUUUUUUCAAUACUGUGCACUGAGAUGGACACAACAGCGAUAUUUGGGACUUUUUUGCUUACUUCAAACAUUCCUAAUGAAUAUAAUGCCAGGGGUCAAAGGGGUGGGGUGUCAUCUUUGCUCGAUUUUGUUAUCAGAGGAAUAAAAGAUGUGGUUGGAAGACUUUUGUUGUGCUGGAUGCAGAAAACAGACUUUGCAAUUCAAUACAAGCUGCUGCUACUUUGGAAAGAACGUGUCGGCUACUUACCUUUCGAUGCUGUUGGGUUUAACAUCACAGGCUGUGAUAACAUUUGGAUGCAAUGGGGGAAUCUUUCAUUCCUGUAUGACAACAUAAAGAGGUGAAAUGAUAACCAAAAACAUAACUGUGGGCGAGUCUGAUCUGUCUGUAUGUUGAAAUAAUUCUGGAGCCCCUCGACACACAUAGGAAAGCCAUUGACUGUAGAUCUUCUGCUGUACAUGUCAUCUACUGUCUGUCGCCUGUUUUCAAACUACUAUUAACUUCUUUUCCAAAUGCUUUAACUGUUUAAAAUGAUUCAAAAUUAAUAAAAAACAGCAAUAUGUAUAGCAGUGUUUGUUAAUUUAAAUGAAUAAUAAUAAAAAAAUAAUAAUUUUCAACCUGAAA